GGGGAAGCACGAUCCACGUCGGGAAUCCUGGCCCGUGUUCUUGGCUCUGCGCGACCUCGGCCGAGUCAGACGCCUCGUGUUUGGUACCGGGGUCGGUACCGCGCCCCGACUCCCGUGACCCGGGGGGGACGCAGCUGCUCGGAUCCCAGCGCUUCCAGCCUCCCGUCCCACGCUGGGACUCGGGGAGCUGCUCGGUGCAGGUGCUGGGCCUGCCUGCGCUCGCCCUCCCCGAGCUCAGCGCUUGCAAAACCCGGCCUAGCUCUUUCUUUCUCUGCAAGGCUCAGGCAUUCAUUAAUCCGCUCUUAAACACCCCGAGGAUGCGAGCUGGAGGCUUUUGUUUUAAAUGCAAAGCAUCUUAUAGCCGGAGCGUUUUGUUUGCUGGACAUGAGUGUAUUUGUUGCCCACGCUUCUUGUCCCUGUGCCCAAAUAAUCAUCCCCGCUAUUGCCGUUGUGUUUUAGCUGUGGCCGCGCACCCCGUUGAGUAAGCCCAGAGCAGUUUUUGAGGUCGGAGGGGCGGAAGGGGACACGAUGGAGGAAGUUGCACAUCUCUGAAGUUUCCUUGAGAGAAAUCCGCAGGUAGAACAGUCGCUCCCCUUUCUCCCUGCUGCCCGUAGAGCCGGGUGGGUGCUGGUGCAUGCUGGGUGCCAUGUCCCCAUGGCUGGGGCUGCUGCUGGCGCUACUGGGCUGCACCGCGGCGCUGGACCCUGCGCUGGAGGCGGCCUGGGAAGGGUGGAAGAGCCUCUAUGCCAAGGAGUACCCAGGGGAGCUCGAGGCUGCCCGCAGGGAGGUUUGGGAGAAGAACCUGCGGCGCAUCCAGCAGCACAACUGGGAGGAGUCGCAGGGGCAGCACCAGUUCCAUCUGGAAAUGAACCACUAUGGGGACCUGACAGACGAGGAGUUUAACCAGCUCCUGAACGGCUUCGUGCCAGCGCGGCAGGAGGAGCCGGCGCUGCUCUUCCAGGCAUCGGCGGCCGUGAAGACCCCGGCAGAGGUGGAUUGGAGGGCCAAGGGCUACGUGACACCCGUAAAGAACCAGGGACACUGCGGGUCGUGCUGGGCGUUCAGCGCCACCGGGGCGUUGGAGGGGCUGGUGUUCAAGCGGACGGGGAAGCCGGCGGUGCUGAGCGAGCAGAACCUCAUCGACUGCUCCCGCAAGCUGGGCAACAACGGCUGCCACGGCGGCUACAUGACCCGCGCCUUCCAGUACGUGCGGGACAACGGCGGCUUGAACUCGGAGCACAUCUACCCCUACAUGGCCACGGACACCUCCAGCUGCCGAUACAACCCGCGGGACAGGGCGGCCAACUGCUCGGCCAUCUGGCUGGUGGCCCAGGGCAAUGAGACGGCGCUGGAGCAGGCGGUGGCGACCGUGGGCCCUGUGUCCGUGGCGGUGGACGCCAGCGGCUUCCACUUCCACUUCUACAAGUCAGGCGUCUUCAGCAGCGCGUUCUGCAGCCAGCGGGUGAACCACGGCAUGUUGGCCGUGGGCUACGGCACCAGCCAGGACAACGGGCACAACGUCAGCUACUGGAUCCUAAAGAACAGCUGGUCGGAGCUGUGGGGCGAGCGGGGCUACCUGCGCCUGCUCAAGGGAGCCCACAACCAGUGCGGGGUGGCCAACCAGGCCAGCUUCCCCUCGCUGUGACCGGACAGCCCUGUCCUGCUGCGCAUCCACGGCCGCUGCCUUCUGGAAACAAAAGGGGCUUUUCAUUUGUGUGUGGUGAGAAGCAAUUAAAAGCCGUACAGCUAA